GAGUCACUUUGUUUUAAUUUCCUGUGACCAAACCAGAACUAGAAGCUUAUUGGCUGUUGGUGAGCAGACCUGCCGCUGAUUGGCCUGUAAACGCCUACAAACCUGCCGUUUGUUUGUGAAUAACAUCUCAACAGUAGCUAAAACAUGGCAGGAGAGAAAAUAUGCGCGUUUGAGCAAAGUUUUUCCUUCAGUCCUCUUCCCUCCAAGAGGUUUUCUUUCCUGCAGGGCAAAGACACUUUAGCCCUGCUAAUGAAAUGGUCCAUGCUUGGGAGGAUUUCAGCUCAGACUUUCAGCUUUGACCAGAGUUUUUACCCUUACAGCAGUGAAAAGUUUGCACUGUGUUUCUUUAGAGACCCAGAUGUGGUUUCCAGUCUGAGAAAGAUGGAGACAGGAGCCUGGGUGCCUCUCGAAAGGCCAGUGGUGUCUGUUGAUGUGGAGGUGGUGCCGUGCACUAAGGUCUCCAUGGAGCUAUUUGACCCAAUCUACUCUUGUGGUGUCCUGAGGCCUUCUGGACAUGUAGUUAAAUGCUUCCAUGAUGUCCACCCUGACUAUGAUGAGCUCAGACAGAUGCUGCAGGAAGAGGACUCUGAGCACUACUAUGUGAUUGAGAGAGCUGAGCAAGGGGAGUUUCUGUUUCGCCUCUUCAAACACCUGUGUCUCGGGGGAGAGCUUUGUCAAUAUGAAGACACCAUUGAUCCUUAUAUCAACACCACAAAGCACAUUUACAAAGACCUGAUCAGUGUUCAGAAGGAUCCAGAGACAAAGAAGAUCAGUGUUGUCUCCACAGUGCUCAAAGUCUCUGCCCAUGACGAGUCUGGGCAAUGUUACCCUGGGAGACGGGAGGAGGAGCAGACGUUUGCCUACAUGAUUGUCGACCCCUUCAAACGACAUGUGACUUUGUUCUACCACAGUUACGGCGUUGGAAACUUCAUGCUUUGACAGUGGAGACUUGGAGAGUCUUGUUGCCUGAGUCAGUCUCCUGCUGUAUAAACUAACACAAGAGCUCGGUCUUGCACCUCAACACAAAGAAGUAGUUCACUCUGCAGUCAAUAGCUUUCCUGCCUCACUAGUGUGAGAAAUGUGAGUAGAAUCAGUCAAACGCAGAGCAUGCUGGAAAGCAGGUGCAUUGUACAAAAUGGAUUUCCAGAUGCAGUAACAAAGUGGGAGGAAUAACUAUUUUGUCAUGUUAAAGUAUGCCAAUAAAAUGUUUGAAAAUA